AUGAAAACAGAUAUUAUAAAACAUCUCAUUUUUUUAAUAAUUUUAGCUUCGCUUUUAACGGCAAACGCUUUACAAUUUUCACAAUGCAGCGGAUAUUAUCCAAAUCCGGCUAACGUAUCACUUUUACCUGAUCCCCCCAUUUUUGGGCAGUCUGCAGAAAUUUUUAUUUCUACAAUAGCAUAUACUACAAUCGAAGUUAGUGCAUAUGUUAAUAUUCUAAUGAGUAAUCCUAAUUGGGACUUCCCGCUUAUUUAUAAACAAAAAAUUUGUAUGGAUAAAUUUAUUCAUCAAACUUGUUCUAAAUCAGAUAUAUAUUAUAGUUUUGAUUACAAAUUUACUUAUAACCUCGGUAAUCAAACUUCAGCGUUAAAAAUUGAUAUUGUAGCUAAGCUUGUGAAUCCAGAUAAUAAUAUUUUAAGCUGUAUCAAUGGUACUGUUACUAUACAAGCACCAUAUUGA